AAACAUAUAAAAAAACUCACAGUAUUAUUUCAUGACAAUGUCUGAGGUUAGGAUGUUAGCAUUAUCACCAAUGUUGAUGUUACUUCUCAGCCUUCUGAUGGCUUCCUUUUUCGACACCACAGCUGGACAAAUCGGAGUAUGCUUCGGGCAGAUGGGAAACAACCUACCAAAGCCACCGGAAGUUGUGGCUAUGUUCAAGAAGUACAGCAUCCCGCGAAUGCGGAUGUACGAUGUCAACCCUGAAGCUCUCAACGCUCUCCGUGGCUCCAACAUCGAGUUCAUCCUCGACAUUCCCAAUCACAAAGUAGAAGGUAUCGCAAAUAGUCAAACGGUGGCUAACGCAUGGGUCCAAGACAACGUCAAGAUGUACAAAGAUGUCAGAUUCAAGUACAUAUCGGUCGGAAACGAGGUGAAACCAGAGUACGCAGCCGGGAAGGCAAUGGUUCUCAUCCAGGCUAUGCAAAACAUUGAUAAAGCGCUUUCCGAAGCAGACCUCAGCAAUAUCAAGGUCUCCACGACUACAUACUUGGGAGCCUUCACGGACACGUAUCCUCCUUCUCGCGGACGAUUCAAGGAUGAGUAUAGAAACUUCCUCCAACAGGUGAUAGGUUUCUUGGUGAACAAGCGAUCUCCUCUGCUCGUCAAUAUCUACACUUACUUCGGCUACAUUCAAGACAAGAAGAACAUCCCUCUGGAAUUCGCUCUUUUAAAACCGAACAAGGGAUUCAAUGACCCCAAAAACCAGCUCCAUUACCAAAACCUCUUCGAUGCCAAUCUCGACUCAGUUUACGCUGCAUUGGAGAAAUCGGGCGGGGGAUCGUUGGAAGUCGUGGUGUCGGAGAGCGGUUGGCCCACGCAGGGAGAAGACCCCGAGGCAAGUUUGCCGAAUGCGGAGGCUUAUGUUAACAAUUUGAGACUAAGUGUGCAGAAUGGAUCCCCGAAAAGGCGAGGGAAACCUAUAGAGACUUACAUAUUCGCCAUGUUCGAUGAGAAUGAUAAGCCGGGUGCUGAGACUGAGAGGCACUUUGGGCUGUUUAAUUAUACUACUAGAGAGCUUAAAUAUGGUGUUAGGUUCAACUAAUCUCCUUCGAGAGACUUCUUAAAGAAGCAAGGGCGAUGCGGUAAAAUGGUAUUUGUCUAUUUGAGGAUUUUUAUGUCUUAAAAAUGUGUGAACUUGCUGUAAUAAUAAGGACUAGUGAGCCUUAACCGUUGUUUUUACUUCAUCUAUUUCAAUAAUGUAAUGAGAGUUGUUCGAGUAUAGUAAACAAAAACUUUUAAAUAUUUAGCUGAAAC